AUGACAUCCACCACUACAUUCAACACAGCCAAACUAUCUGACAACACCGAGAUCUUCUACAUUGAAGCCGGCAAUAAGUCCAAGCCCACAAUUCUACUUCUGCAUGGAUUUCCAACCUCUUCAAACAUGUUCCGUCACUUGAUUCCAAUACUGGCUCCACACUUUCACCUAGUGGCCCCGGACAUCCCAGGUUUUGGGUACACAAAGUUUCCAGAAAAUUACAAGUUUACAUUUGACAACCUUGCUGCGUCAAUUGGCCUAUUUGUUAAGGCAAUUGAUCUCCGCAAGUUUGCGAUGUACAUUUUUGAUUAUGGUGGGCCAGUCGGCUUCCGUCUGGCACUUGAACAGCCAGACAGAAUUACGGCAUUGAUAGUUCAAAACUCCAAUGCAUACGAGGAGGGUCUGGAUGAUGCAUUCUGGGCACCAAUCAAAGCAUUCUGGAAAGCCGGAAGGGAUGAUCCCGAGCUGGUUGCUGGUUUAACGGAGUAUCUGGAAACUAGGUCCAACAUUGACUACAUGUACACUCAGGGAAUGUCACACCCAGAGCGUUAUGACCCCACCAAUUGCUCUCUGGAUUUGGCUAUGUUGAAACAGCCUGGUCAGACAAACAUUCAGCUUGAUUUGUUCUUUGACUACCAAGCGAAUGUUAAAUUAUAUCCAAAGGUCCACGAGCUGUUCAGAGAGCUGGAUGUGCCUGUGUUGAUUGCAUGGGGCAAGAACGAUUACUGUUUCUCGUAUGAAGGCGCCGAGGCAUACAAAAGAGACAACAAGAAGUUGAUCUACCAUUAUGUUGAUUCCGGCCAUUUUGCGCUCGAGGACCAUGCAACUGAGAUUGGCGAGGCGAUCAUCAAGGAACUGGGGCCGUUGCUGUAG